CUUAAAGGGGUUAAGGGGAUGGACCAGCAUAGACUACACUGUGUGUUUGUGUUGGUCAGUUCGCGGUACGCGCGAGAACAUCUUUACUAGGGUAAAAAGUCAAGAAGGACGGAUAAAUGAUGAUGCGUGAUCAUGCAAUUAUAUAGCUCAGUGGCCUCCUCUCAGACUUCGGUCUUCGGUAUUCCUGAGAUUCAAUAUGGCGGACGAAAAAAUAGUUUUUGCGACGGUAGGGAGCACAAGUUUUGAUCGUCUCGUGGAAACUUUAACGAGCAAGCCAGUUCUCAAUGUGCUCGAACGUUUAGGAUUCACCAAACUUGUGGUUCAAAUAGGAAGAGGGAAAUAUGAGCCGGAAUGCUUCAAGAAAAAGAGCUUUGCGUUGGAGUUUUACCGUUACAAGGUAAAGGAUUCGCUGAAAGAUGAUAUGAGUAGAGCAUCGUUAAUUAUUAGCCACGCAGGAGCUGGUUGCAUAACAGAGUCAUUGGAGUUGUGCAAACCGCUGAUUGUUGUCGUAAACGAAAAAUUAAUGGACAACCAUCAAUUUGAACUCGCCAGACAACUGGCAAAAGACGAACAUUUAGUUUAUUGUAUUUGUGAUGACUUAAAAGAUGUUCUUGAAAAGAAAGACCUUUCCUGCCUCAAAAGAUUAAUCCCUGGAGACCCUAAAGUGUUUGGAAACUUUCUGGACAAUUUUAUGGGCGUAAAGAGUGUGAAAUGACAGUAGAAAUGUAUAUUGAAUUUUAAUGUACAGCAGAGUGUUACUAAUGUUCUAUCCAGCUGAUCUGAGAUCAUAAGGUCAUAAGGUGCCUUAUGACCAUUAUCAUGCACCUGGAUUUAUUUAUCUGUCCAAGUUUUACUACAUUCUAACUAAUAGUAUGAAGAGUGAAAAAUUUAAAUCUUAAUUUACAGUUGGGGUAAAACAAA